CCGAGCAGGGAGUCCCGGAACACGAGGACGUGCCUGAGGUUUAUCCAGGCACUGGGGAGAGGAUGGAGGACUUUUUGAGGCGAGCGGCCAAGGGACAUGUAGGGGAGGGUUCUUCCAAGAGGAAGGAAGGUGGAACAGAUCCGGUCGCCGCCCCAGGUGGGAAGAGGCUUCGCCAGCAGAAGGUCACUGACGUCUACAGUGGCGAGUGGGUUGCUCGCUACAAGAAGACAUUCCUUCGCUGGCUCUAUUCCAGCGGGGUCCCCUUCAAUGCCUUCCGCAACCAGCCUUGGAAGGCAUACCAGCAGGUCCUUCUUGAGCAGCCUGGCAGUUCCCCUCGCACUGUGCUCCCCAGCCACAGCGAGAUUGCGAGUAUGCAGACGGUGGAGACCCAUUGUGAGGAGCUGGCGGAGGAGUUGGAGGAGGUGAGGCAGCCAUUCUGGAUCACUGGUGCCACCCUCCUCUCCGACGGGAGGAAAUCACGAGACGGGAGACCGAUCAUGAAUUUCCUUGCCGCCGGCUCGCGAGGGGUCAUCGUCUAUACGACGAUCAAUCGCGAGGGCGAGCUGGACGAUGAAGUGCACGUCCUUUGGAGAUGGGUGACCAUCUUCCACGAGUUUAGUUUCGGCGGCCCGCAGCGGGUCAAUGCGAUAUGCACAGACUCCGCAUCGGCGUACGUGGGGGCUGCGAGGGCAUUGGCCUCGUCGGGCAUCCCUCCUGCAAUCAGGAGGAUCACUUGGCUUCCGUGUUCCGUUCAUGUCUGCAACAAAUUGUUGUCAGACAUGGGGACGAGUUGCGACGCGUUUGUGGACGCGAUUACACGCGCUCGUGUUCUGGAGGUGUUUUUCAAAACCCACCAGGCCGCCCAUUAUUUCUUUAGGAAGCGCAGCCCCAACAAGGGGCUUGUGCUUUCUUGCGAGACGCGGUUCGCGUCUGUUUAUUCUAUGUUGGAGAGACUGUUGGCCCUGCAGGACACUGUGCAGGCGAUGAUGCGAGGGGAUGACGGGCGGGAGUUUGCUUCUAUACCGUGGUCCGCCGAUGUGUGCGACAUGGCGCGUUGGGUGCGCCGGCAGAUCAUAUGGGAGCCUUGGUGGCACACGAUGGCCACCAUAGUCCACAUCAUGCAGCCCGUCAUGGAGCUGCUUAGGCGGAUGGAUCGUGGGGGGCAGUACAUGUCCCUCAUGAUCGAGUGGAUACAGGAUCUUGUCCGCCGUGUCACUGAUGCAUGCGCUCCUUUGGGGAGGGUUUUCACUGACCGCAUCAUCAGGCGUGUGCAGGCUCGCACACAGCACAUGCUGGAGCCUGCUCACUGCGCGGGGUUCUUACUGAACCCCCGCAGGCGACAUGUUGAGUACUUUUCGGGCGAGGUAAGGGACUACCCUCGUUGGCUUGUAAGGCAAGCCAAGAGGUACAUUUUGACGCAGACGGGUUACGAGGAGGAUGGUGUGGAGUACAUCAAUGCAUGUCGGCAGUUUGAGGACUUUCACAUGCAGCAGGGCACAUUUGGGGAUUGGAGAGGGGGGGAGGGGCUUGCUCGUGGGCGUGCUUGCAGUGGCGACAGGGAGACGAUUGAGUGCGCGUCCUGGUGGUCUCAGUACGGGUCUGGCGCGCCUGAGUUGCAGCGCUGCGCUCUUCGUGUGAUGCACAUGUGGUCUUGCGCCUCUCCAGUGGAGAGGAACUGGGCAGUCCACGAGGGCAUUCACAUGAAGAAGCGCAACCAGUUGGCCUUUGAGAAGGUCGUUCAGCUCGUUGAGAUCACCGCGAAUGUGCGGUUGUCGGAGUAUCGGCGAGCUGGGUGCAGUUAUGUGCUGCCAUGGCAGCGGGACGAGGGCAUGCUAGACUGCCAGGCCGGACUGGAGUUGAAGCCAGUGCGCACGGGCACGCGCAGGGGGAUGACGCCGGAGGAGAUUGCCCGUCAGGUUGCGCUUAUCACCCAGGAUCCCAUCGGGGUCUCCGCACCACCCGCCGCUGAGGCCGUAUUCGGUAGACGUGCUUCCAUUUUCCGUCCUUACCCCAGGGAGGAUGAUUCCGACGAGGAGCCGGUACCCGAGGCAGCGGACCACCCCGCGCUCCGCAUUCCCCGUGAGAUCGACGAGACGCACCUGGAUCCCGAGGAGGACACCAGGGCACAUACUGCACGACGGGACGCUGACAGGGCGGAGAGGGAGAUGAUGGGGGGAGAGGAGGAGUUGUGGGGACCGUUCGGGGAGGUCGCUUCGACGGGCGGUACAGGAGCGCGGGCGACGAGCCCCGCUCCAACGAGGCAGGAGUCGUCCAUGCCGCCACCUUCUGCUCCGAGUCCUGCACCGCCAUCGCCCGUCGCGCCAUAUGAGCCGACCACAGCAGCAGAGCACACGGAGGAGUUGGCGUCCUCUUUGCCUCAGCGCGGACUACUCCAUAGAGGCGGGGCAGUCCGACAGCUGAGGUUACGAUCACCUUCUCCGGGGGUCUUGCAGGAGGAGGGGGGACCGUCGGCAGCAGCAGUGGAGGGGGAGAUGGCAGUGGAGGGGGGAUUGGCGGACACGACGAUUGCAGGUGUGGUGGACCAGAUAGCUGUAGCAGCAGCGGCUUCAUUGCUAGAGAAGAUGGCAGCUUCAGUGUUGGCGGAGGAGGCACCAGCGCCAGGGGGAGCAGAUGCAGUGGAGGGGCAGGCGGGAGCAAUUGGAGGAGCAGCGGGAGGAGCAGCUGGAGGAGCAGCUGCACUGGAUGGGCUUGUGGCUGCAGCAGCAGAAGCAGUUGGAGGAGCGGAUGCAGUGGAGGGGGGAAUGCCAGGAGCAGUGGAGGAGGAGAUAGGGGCACAGGCGGAGGUGUCGCGUGAGGGCGGCGACGAGCGCCUCAUGCAGCAGUUCCUCACGGAGCAGUACGAUCCGGUCAUGGCGGGUAUGACCCCAGGUGUGGCGAGGGGGUUGGGGAUGUCGGAUUCGCAGAUGGGGAGCCACCUAGACUUAGAUUUGUCGAUGGGUCUUCCACCUAGUUGCGGCGGGGCGACAUCGACGGAUCGCGCUCCAUCGAGGGACGACGUGGCUGGAGAGAGUCUCACGCAGCCUCAGAGAGUGACGACGACUGGGUAUCCGGAUGCGGCACGCGACAUCCUAGAGCGAGAGAGGGAUCGACUUAUGGCAUCGACUAACCCGCGUGCUCAGGCAUUCGCACGGGCAUUGGAGGACGCGAGGCGACGGCGGCGAGACGAGGGUGUGGGUGACGCACGAUGUGUGGUCCGGGAGACAACGACGGGUAUAGUCGUUCCGUUCUUGGGCCUGCACUUGGCUCAGGGCCGACAGUUGCAUCCGGUGCCGGUGGCAGUGCAUGGUGUGCCGCCGCCUGUUAUCACGGAUUUGGGGUCCGAGCCGGUGGUUGCGCCACCGCGUCUUCCUAGUCACUUUGCUCCGCAGGAGGUCCGCCGUCCUUUGGAUGCAGACGAGUUGGCAAGAGAGGCUGUCCGCGAUGUGACUCGCUUGGACCGGCGGGUCUUUGACCAGAGGCUACAACAUCCACCAUGGCAGGCGAUCCCUCCAGUUCCAUGGGGUCCUGCAUCGCCGGCGUGGUCUGGGUCUACCUCCACCGGAGCACGUACGGCGGGAGAUGUUCCAGGAGUUUCAGGUGGCGUCGUGGAGACGGCGCCACGUACACAAGACAUGCCACCCCCUCCUCCUAGACCACCUGUAGGUGAUCCGUCAUCGUCGCCCACAGGCAGAGGCUCUCGAUCUCCACACACGCCUGGGAGGUCUAGAAUUCGGGAUACUACAGCCAUUGUGGGAGACAUUCCACGCAAGCGCGGAGUGCCUCCUCGUCCACGCCCCGUGCCCGCAGAGGGAGGAGAUGCACUUGGAGAGACUUCGGGGGCAGAGGGGUUGGGGAUGCCUCGUGGAUCGCGCCGUGAGCAGAUGGUUACAGAGGUUAGUGCGAGGGUUGUUGUGUUGAGGAAGGCAGGAGCCCCUGUCACCAUCGAGGAGGAUGAUCCUGAAACAGAUGUGGCAGUGCGGGAGGAGGACGAGGACUAUAAGGGCGAGGAGGAGGGAGAGAAGGAGAGCGAGGGAGGUUCCGAUGGGGGAGGGACGACAUGGCCGCCAACGAAGGGGCGGGAGACGAGCCUUUCUCUUUCCGUCUCUGUCGAGGUCGCAAAGGAAGGAGAUAAUGCUUCGCCUCCUCGGGGCGUUCAGCUGCGAUGGUGGCGGCGGCAUUUCCCCGCUGAGCUAGUGCUUCUUCUCGCCAUCCUUCUUCUCCCUCGGGAAUACCGACAACCGCUGCACCAGCGGCAGCAGCCGAUCGGCGGCGUGUGCGGCGGCGCCGCCGCCGCCGCCUCCCCCGGCUGGCGCGGCAAUGCUUACACGCUUGUCGAUUUCUUGGCGGCUUAUCAAAACCCUAACGUGUCGUAUCAUGAAGUAAAGGGCAACAUCAUGCUAACUGACUCUCUCCCUCCUCUUUCCAGACCGCUGACGCUUGUGGGAAAAGGUCCCGAGCGCGACGAGUCGCCUGUCAUCGAUGGAGCGGGCAAGUUUAAAGGUAUCGUCACCGACUCGAACAUUACGCUAAUUAACCUCAAGUUCCGCGCUUUCCGGUCGAAUACCAGCGGCGCCGCACUGUCUGCCACGGGUGAUUCCGUCUUCAUCGAUCGCUGCGUCUUUCGGGGCAACCUUGCGCUCAAUGGGACGAUGGGCGGCGCGAGCGGCGCAGCCAUCAACAUGGAGAAUACCAUCUUCUCGAUCAACAACACGCUCUUCAUCGACAAUCACGCGCAGGUGAAUGGGGGGGCAAUUCGCGCGGGCGCGGUCGGCGGCGGCGGCGGAGAGAUUAGCCGGUGCGUGUUCGAGGACAACGAUGCAGAGGAGAACGGCGGAGCUGCGCACUUCAGAGAUCAGACAGCAGUCUUUGUGCAUGGCUGUAAGUUCAUCAAGAAUCUGGCCGCGCAACAAGCCGGCGCGCUCUUUUUCACCGGCGGACUGAGCGUCAUUUCUCAGUGCGAGUUUAUCCAGAACAGGGCGGAAGGUGGGGUCGGCGGAGCCGUGCGCUUCUACGGGGAAGACAAGGCGCUGUUCAGCUUGUGCGGCAAGAACCUGUUCGUUCAUAACGUUGCAAAUACGGUGACAUCGAACAACAUCUAUAUCCGAGUAGCAGGGGGAAACGUGACUGAACCUAACGUUCACUUCUGUGGGCGGAUACCCCCGGAGACGUUUGUAGACGCUCUUCCUGAAGAAACAAUCCAGUCAUGUGAAUACUGCUGACGAAUCCCGUAGUCGAACGACGAUGCAUCUGACCGUAAUUACGACUAGAAUGCUCUGUUACGAAUUUCCUAGUACGACUUUUGUGAUUUUCUAACGCUCCUCGUGUCCAUCUGCCUUUAGUUCAAUCCAGUUGCCGAUUUGCUUGUCUAUCCAUAUACCUACCUAUAUGUAUCUAUAAUAUAAAUCUAUGUGUGCCUAUCUAUCUAUCUACCUAUCUAUCUAUCUAUAUCUCUAGCUGUUGUUCAUUUUCUUCCUCUUAUACCAUCUAUGGAAUCAGAUCUUUCUAUGUCAAUAUAUGCUCUCUCUCUCUCUCUCUCUCUCUCUCUCUCUCUCUCUCUCGGUAUUCUUCUCUUUAUUCCAUGAUCCAGGUACGCUACUCAGCUUCCUACUUAUCUUUGUACCUCUCUCUCUCUCUCUCUCUCUGUCUCUCUCUCUCAGCUUGCUACUUAACUUUGUACAGGCAAUCCAUCUGUUGGCAGUGAGCUGUCUGUCGGUUAUGUACAAUGAGUCGAUCUGUUGAUCUGUCUGUCGUUUUUGUAUGAUGCAAUCGAUCUGUUCAUCGGUCUGUCGGUAAAUAUGUUCAAGGAGUCGAUCUGUUGAUCUGUGUGGCCGCUCGUGGCUGACUGUCGACCUGUAAUCCAUCUACGUAAUAUCUCUCUUAUCUACUUACUCGUAUUUCCGAGCUUACUCACACUAGCACAAUCUUACUGUAAAUGUAUCUGACCGUAAUUAUGGCACUAGGAUGCAUUUGACCGUAAUUACGUCUCGAAAGAAGGGAAAAGGUCUUAGUGUGAGUAUAUGCCCUAAAUUAGAACGUCAUCUUCUGUACUAUCCUGCUCCAUCCGUCCACCAAGUUCAUCCUACUCGUCUUCUCCUCCCCCCCCCCCCCCCCCCCCCCCCCCCCCCUCCUCCCUCCGCAAUUGUCAACCGGCUGUCGGAUUACCCUGUUUUCCCCCGAAUACAACGCACCGUCAUUGCAUCUAGUCUCAAAGUUGCCCUGAAUACAGCUAUAAUAACUCCACGUUGUAUUCGGGUUAAGACGGGCUAUCGUAAGCAAACACGGUCAUGCUGAAAUUAGAUCGUCGCUUCUCCGUCUUUCCGUACAUCCGUUAAACAAAAUUGGAACGAUACCAGAGAGAGAAGAUUAAGCAUGGCACAUGCACAAGGAUGACACGCAUCAAUCGAGAAAUGGUCCAAUUAAAAAAAAAAACGAAAAAGAAAGAAAGAACGUCUCUACUUCAAAUGCUACUACGGUAUCCCUGUUUUUUUUUUUUUUUGUUGUCUGCAUGUCGCACGAUGGACCACGGAUCAGAAAACUGAUCAGAACAGAUACUACACUUGACCAUCUCAGCCUAACUGCGUUGUUAACUGAAGGCCGAGAAAGGUAGAUCCUUGAUGUGUUGUUGGAUCUAAACGAGCAAAGGGUAGUUAAAUCAAGGACUAAGAAAGGU